AAAAAAAGGAAAAAAAAAAAUCUGGCUGAGCAGCUCUGUUACCCACCGAUCUCAGCGCGCUCUCCCGGGCUCUUGGUCCGGUCACAUAACGGGGAAAGCUGUGUUGUGAACGGCGCACGCAGUCGCCGUGCCGCAGGUUUAGCUCCUUCCCCGCGUGGGACGCGGGAUUACUGGGGAGCUUGCGGGACUGCGGGGAUGGUGAGCAAGCAACUAGCCCUGGUGCUUUCAGGCUGCAUCCUCUCCUUUCUGCUCAGGAGUACGAGGGCUCAGAACGGUGACGGCUGCGGUUACACGUUGCUUGGACCAGAGAGUGGUACGCUUACAUCCAAAAACUACCCCCAGACCUACCCCAACAGCACCGUAUGUGAGUGGAAGAUCCAAGUCAGGCCAGGAGAUCGCAUUCAGCUAAAAUUUGGAGACUUUGAUAUUGAGGACUCUGAUUCUUGCCAUUCCAGUUACUUGAGGAUUUAUGAUGGUUUUGGUGCCACGAGGAGUGAGAUAGCUAAAUAUUGUGGCUUGGCGCUGCGACCAGAAGACAGAAUUGAAUCCAAAACACACGAGAUCACUGUGCUUUUCAUGAGUGGGAUCCAUAUUUCAGGACGCGGAUUUCUUGCUUCAUAUUCCACCACAAACAAAACAGAUCUUAUUUCUUGUUUGGAGAAAGCCAGCAGGUUUUCUGAGCCAGAAUAUAGCAAAUACUGCCCAGCUGGUUGUCUGACACCAUUCGGGGAGAUUUCAGGAACCAUCCCACAUGGCUAUAGAGAUUCCUCGUCGCUGUGUAUGGCUGGUGUACACGCUGGAGUGGUUUCUAAUGCACUCGGCGGACAAAUUAAUGUGGUAGUCAGCAAAGGCAUUGCGUACUAUGACAGCUCUCUGGCAAAUAACAUCACAUCCACGGUUGGGUCAUUGUCAGCAAGCCUCUUUACUUUCAAGACAAGCGGGUGCUAUGGGACUCUAGGAAUGGAAUCUGGUGUAAUUCCUGACUCCCAGAUAAGCUCUUCCUCAGUCCUGGAAUGGACCGACCACACGGGGCAAAACAACGUAUGGAAGUCGGACAAAGCAAGACUGAAAAAGCAGGGGCCAGCCUGGGCCGCGUCAUUCAGCAAUGAGAAGCAGUGGCUUCAAAUUGAUCUGAACAAGCUGAAGAGGAUAACUGGCAUCAUUACAACCGGAUCCACCAUGUCCAGCUUCAACUAUUAUGUCUCCUCUUACAAGAUUCUGUACAGCGAUGACGGGACCAAGUGGACGGUAUAUAGAGACCCCAAUGUGGACAAAGACAAGAUAUUCCAGGGAAACUAUGACUAUUACAAUGAGGUUCGCAAUAACUUCAUUCCUCCGUUUGUGGCUCGCUUUGUGAGGAUCAAUCCUGUAAAGUGGCAGCAGAAAAUCGCCAUGAAAGUGGAAUUGCUUGGAUGUCAGUUUAAUGCCAUUUUGAUUCCAAAAACUGUUCCUCCACUUUUAAACCCACGUGCCAAACACGUCCCAACACAUAUAGAGAAGACCACCUCUCCCCCUGAGAUAAAGAACACGACAGUGACGCCCAACAUUACCAAAGAUGUUCCGCUGGCAGCCAUCCUGGUUCCUGCGUUAGUCAUGGUUCUCACCGGCUUCAUACUGGUCUUAGUCUGCAUCUGGCACUGGAGAAACAGAAAGAAGAAAGCUGAAGGAACCUAUGACAUGCCUUACUGGGAUCGUGCAGGCUGGUGGAAGGGAAUGAAGCAGUUUCUUCCUAAAUCCGUGGAACAUGAGGAGACCCCGGUGCGGUACAGCAGCAGUGAAGUGAGCCGUCUGAGACCAAGAGAAGUGGCUACCAUGUUACAGGCGGAGUCUGCAGAAUACGCCCAACCAUUGGUAGGAGGAACAGUUGGUACCCUUCAUCAAAGAUCAACUUUUAAACCAGAGGAAGGGAAACAGCUGGGUUUUACAGACUUUGACUCGUAUAACGCUACGGACCAGGAGAUAUAUCACGCUUAUGCGGAACCACUGCCUACAAGUGGGCCAGAAUACGCCACACCUAUUGUCAUGGAUAUGUCUGGACACCCUGCUGGAACCAUGUGUUUGCCUUCAACAUCGACAUUUAAGGUUGCAGGGACACAGGCACCUCCGUUGGUGGGGACUUACAAUAAACUAUUAUCUAGGACGGACAGUUCAGCCUCUACACGGGUACUAUACGACACUCCUAAGGGGACUCAAGGGCCGAGUGCUGUGGAGGAAAUGGUGUACCAAGUACCGCAGUGUGUUCCACAGCCAACGGCAAGCAAGGACGUGCCUUCUUAGGUGGUGCGAGCGUCUCUACGAGCAGACGGAGAAAGACCGUGACAACAAAAUGACUGUUUUAUACGAAUACGUUGCUUAAGGUGUAAAUGUCCUUUUAAAAGAGAGCAAAGUAACUUGUUAUCACAAAGAUUUAAGUCGACAACAAAUAUGGGCCAAUAUGUUCAAGCUUUACACGUAACACUAAUUUACUGGACCAUAUCAAAUGCAACGUUUCACAUGCGCAACCACUGAAACAAAUUGUUUCUGUGUAUGCACAUACAGCUGGCAGGAGUCCUAUACACACAAAUGCACACAACUGAAAUAAAAUUAUUUCCCAGACUAAAAA